UUUUCAGACAAGAAACAAUGGCAGCUGCUGGUGAUCAUGGAAAAGUUACCACUAUCCUUAGUAUUGAUGGUGGAGGAGUGAGAGGCCUCAUCCCUGCCACCAUACUCGCCUUUCUCGAAUCUGAACUCAAGACACUGGAUGGAAAAGAUGCAAGGGUUGCCCACUACUUUGAUGUCGUUUCUGGGACGAGCACAGGAGGCCUUGUUACAGCUAUGCUUACCACACCAACUGGAGAAAACAGACCUUUGUUUGAAGCAAAUGAAAUCAAAACAUUUUAUUUUGAACAGGGUCCUCAUAUCUUCCCUCGCGAACCAACUAAAACAGCUGUAAUGCUUUUCCGCAUAUCCGGUUGGUUUGAAAAAAUAAAGAAAUGGGCGGAAUGGCUAGAAACACCGGUAGAAUACACCGUGACCUUUGUGAAAUGGGUUGAGAAAGCAUUGCGCCCCAAAUACAAUGGUACUGCCCUGCAUGACAUAAUCAAGAAGGUAAUGGGAAAAACACGGCUUCAUGAAACUAUAACCAAUGUCAUCAUUCCCUCUUAUGACAUCAAGUUUCUCCAACCAGUCAUCUUCUCCACCUUGAAGGCAAAACUCGAUCCAUCAAAGGAUGAUGUUCUGCUAGCAGAUGUCUGCAUUGCCACAUCAGCAGCACCAUCCUAUUUCCCUCCUUACUAUUUUGAGCAUAAACCAUCCAAUGGAGUCCCGAGAAAAUUUAACCUCAUCGACAGUGGUGUUGCAGCCAACAAUCCGACUUUGCGGGCAACCAUUGAGGCUGCUAGGGAGAUGUCUCAAAAUAAAAUUGUGGCACAUUGCUUGAAGAACAUUGAUAGCAGUAAGCUCCUUGUUCUGUCCCUCGGAACUGGAUCUGCAAGGAGGGAUGAAAAGCUUCAGGUUGCAGAUCAUAAUUCGUGGGGAAUCUUUCAAUGGUUUAUGGGCCAAGACCCAGACUAUACCACCCCUUUACUUGAUGUUUUGACAACCGCAACAGAAGACAUGGUUGACAUAUACAUGUCUGCUUUCUUCAAUGUCUCUGGCUACAGUGACAACUAUCUCCGGAUCCAGGAUGAUAGCUUGAAAUACAGCGAAGCUGCUUUGGAAAACUCACAUAGAGAAAAUCUUGAGCACCUUGAGAAGAUUAGGAAUCAACUCCUUGAAAACCCUGUUUCUGCAUUGAAACUGGAGACCGGCAGCUUGUAUGAACCGAUAGACAACACAUUCAAAUACAAAGACAGGUUUGCCAAAAAGCUGUCAGAUUAAAAAAAGGGUCGACUAGCUGGUCACUCUCGUUUAUAAAACUAUCGUCUGAGAAGAAUACUUUAAACCAUACAUACCAUGCAGUAGUGUUUUAAACGUUCUUGUGCCUAGUAUCUAUUAAAUAAGUUCAGCCAUAUAAGGACUUGUAGAAUAAAGCUGGUUUCCCAGUUCAGAGUGUUCUUCCAAGCCUGCUAAGUAGACUUUGUGUGCAGACUUUUGUUUCGAAACUUGUAAUGGGUGGUUUCUCUUCUCUUGUCUUCCAGAAAGUAUAAUAAAAUGAGGCUAUCUCAUAGCAGCUUUAAUUACUUCAAAUAUCCAUGGUAUCAUUAAAUUUGAAGAUAAAUGUGCAGAAACAAAGAGUGCUUGUACAAAUCAAGGAACUUCAUCAUCAAUGUGUAGUAACAUUCACCCUUCAUGUGCACAAAUUAGAAAGAUAACAUGUCUAGUUAAAUCAUAGAUCGUUUAAUCUGUGAAAGAAUAAAUCUGAAAAUUACAACAACAUG